AUGGCUCUCACAGCUUCACCAGCUGCUCCGCACAACUGGGGGCGAUGGCCACAGCAGUUGCCUCACGAAUUCGCCAUGAUGGAAGCACCUCCUUUCAUGCCUUACGACUCCCGCGGAAACCCAGCGCAGAUGCAGAGGCCCAUUCCGCCUCAAUAUGUUGUGUCUCCUGCGUACAGCUCGGCGCCGAUUACAUCUAUGACUACUUCUCAUUACCAGGCUCAGAACCCCUUCGCUACAUAUGCGCCAUAUCAGAGCCCUCCGCCUUCAACCCCUGUUGGAUCGCCUUUUAAACCCGAAUAUCAAGAUCGUUCUCACCCCAUGUCAAUCGCCACAGAUCCCGAGGCUAUGCGCGCGGUUUCAUCUCGACGAAGAUCGAGACAGAUCAGUGAUGCUCGAUUGCAGUCCCCGGCUCGGAGCGACUCUGAUGUUUCCGUGGCACGUUCGGUUGCUUCCAAUCCGACUGCCAACUCCAAGACUAUCACAUACAACGAAACCAUUGACCCAGCUGAUCGUAUCAACUUCGAGACUGAUGUGGAUGAACUGAUGAAGGCUAUUCAAGCCAAAGAGGACGAGCGCAAUGAUACACCGGGACAGAUCCUGACCCCCGCACAUACACCCAAAGCCGAGAUAGUCAUGGAUGUCCAUAGUCCAGCCAACUCCUGUCAUGCGACUCAUGCCUCUACACCCGUUCCCGAAGCCAAGCCCAAGAAGAAGUGGGUUUGUGACGGCCCAAGUUGCAACAAGCGAUUCGUGCAGAAGACGCAUCUCGACAUCCACCGCCGAACCCAUACUGGCCUCAAGCCCUACGUCUGCACCAAAGACAACUGUGGACUUACCUUUUCUCAGCGCGGAAAUCUGAAGACUCACAUGCGUCGUCACACUGGUGAAAAGCCAUAUUCCUGCAGCAUCUGCGGUAAGACGUUCGCCCAGAGAGGAAACGUCCGAUCCCACGAAGAAACGCAUAAAGGUCUCAAGCCUUUUAUCUGCAGGCUCGAUGAUUGCAACAAGUCCUUUUCUCAGCUCGGCAACAUGAAGACUCAUCAGAACAACUUCCAUAAGGAGACCUUGAAGAACCUUACUAGCAUGUUUUUCAAGUUUGUCCAACUGGGCGAGGUCCCUGAGGAGCACCAGGACCUUUUUGAUUAUUUCAAGGAGCAUUAUAAAAACAGCAACAAGGGCAUCAAAGGUCGUGGCAAGGCCAGAACUGUUGCUGCAAGGAAGCCCAAGGGCAACUCUCAACAGACUGCCACUGCAGCUCCUAUGAUGGCAAACCAGUUCCCCCAAUCCCACGUGGCCAACUCGGCUCCGGCAUAUGUUCCUCGCAACUUCGGCAUGUUUGAGACUGAGGCAGACCACGCGACAAGUGGUAUGCUGUAUGAGGACGAGCACGCUCGACAGAUGGCCUUUGCCAACCGUCUGUACCAAUAG